AUGGCCCAAUCAUGCCUCCUACGGUCAAAAAGCGUCAUCACCGUUCCGCAGUUCACGGAUGCCUUGCAGCGAACAUGGCUUGAGUCGCGUCGGUUUCGCCCGAGGACGGUCUCGGCCCUGCCUCGUAAAUUGGGCCUAGCUGUAAGCGGAGGCGCGGAUUCCAUGGCCUUGGCGUACCUAUGCAGACAGUGGGAACUCCAAAGGCAGAAACAGCAGCAGCAAGAGCCAGAGCAAGAACACCACAUCUUAUCUAGCAAUGGCAAUGAUAGUGGCUAUGACGAAGCAAGCGUAACAGCCUUCGUUGUCGACCAUAAAGCCCGGCCAGAGAGCACAGAGGAAGCCAACACUGUUGCUGGAUGGCUCCGAAAUUUGGGAAUCACAACGCAAAUCCUCCCACUGGACUGGACAGGCGUCAGUCUUUCAGCGUUUGAAACGCACGCCCGGCGCCUGCGCUUCCAGGCAUUAGGCAAAGCAUGCCGGGACGCGUGCAUAGACGCCCUCCUCAUGGGCCACCACCAGGACGACAAUGUCGAGACGACGAUCUGGAGACUCUCUUCUGGUGCUAGAGGCUCCGGGCUAGCGGGCAUUGCGCCCGUUGCGAGAAUUCCCGAGUGCCAUGGGCUGCAUGGGGUUGCAGGGAGCGGAAAUGUUGCUACAGUUCAUGCUGAGGAAUAUCUUGCGUCUGGACAGGGGCAAAAGAAAGCAGAAGUACAAGUCUCAACUGGAGGCAUCCUAAUCCACCGACCGCUCCUCUCGUUCAAGAAAGCAAGGCUCCUUGCUACAUGCCAUGAGAAUAAUGUUCCCUAUGUCUCGGACCCAACGAACUUCGACCCUACGCUUACGCCGCGGAAUGCUAUUCGUUCUUUGCUAGCUUCGAAGUCUCUGCCCCGCGCUUUACAGAAUGAGUCUGUACUCUCGUUGAUUGGGAAGUGUCGGGGCCUUAUUCGCGACUCGCAUCGCCUCUCUGAUGAGAUUCUUGCUUCUCAAACGAGACUGCUUGAUACGUCGCUUGCGUCGGGGUCAAUUACUGUGCAAUUUAGGCCUUCGCCCGCUUCAUCACCAUCCUCGUCUCCUGAAGAACACGAAAAGGAAAACGAACAUGGGGAAGAACUAUCCCAGCAACGCCUCCAAGAACUCCAAUCCCUCACCCUCCGACGCAUAACGGACCUCGUCUCGCCAUACGAAGAUAACCAUUUCCCGCUGAGCAGCUUCGUAAACUUCACAGCCCGUGUUUUCCAUUCAAACGCUACCAGCUCUGCCAGCUCAGAUCCAGAGCCCGAACUAGAAGAGAAAACUAGGACGCAGCCCAGGAAACCGUUCACCCUAGGCGGCGUCCUAUUCCACCCCCUACCUUCCAAAUCUUCCAACCAUGACCAGCAUCAUAAUGGUGACAGAUGGCUCCUGACACGCCAACCGUACAUGCGUCGCCGCGAGCCCGUCCUCCGCUUCAAUGUUAGCAGGGAUAUUCCCACAGCGCCGUGCCAAUCAAUACGACCGCACGCCGAGGUUAAUUCACAAUGCACUGUUCCGUGGACACUAUGGGACAACCGCUUCUGGAUCCGGGCUUCAAUGACAACGCUGCGUUCUAUGUUCACCUCCAACUCGGAUGCUGUUGGUCAAGAACCGAAAGAAGGAGAAAAAGGGCGUGUUCAGCUGGUCAUCCGCCCGCUCCGGCAAUCAGAUCUCACGCCCCUCAAACGACUCUAUAACAUCACUAAGAGGAAAACGAUGACGAUAACGAAGCACCCGCUAACCCAAAACCGCAAUGAGAGUCAGAGUCAGAAUGAUGAGUUCUACGAAGACGAGGAGGAAAUCGAAAGCCAAGACACUUUCGACGCAGGUUCAUUCUUCGCAGCCCUAGACCGGGACGCACCCGGACAGUCACUGUUUACGAUUCCCGUCCUUGCAGUGGAGGAAGAGGAGGGUUUUGACGUGCCGUUGGCGCUGCCUACGAUGGAUCUAAGGUUUCCUGCAUUAGAGUCUAUGCCGUGGGCGUUGACAUGGGAAUGGAAGUAUAAGAUGAUUGACCUUGAGGCGUUGAAACUCAUGGGGUCGGUGUAA